AUGUCAGAUACUACAACACAAUCUCAAAAUCCCAAUCCUCUCAACGAGGAGCAGCGACUCCGCCAGCGCGAGGCCUCCACACCCGCGAGACAAUUCAAAGCACAGGUAGAGGAAGAGAGGAGGCGGAUUUUGCUUUCAGAACCUUUCGGUUGGGUGAGGAUAACCCCACUCGACUUCCUGGACGAGGCUCGAAGAACGGUUAGGAAGCGCUGGGUCGAGCAAGGAAUCUGGAAUAAGAAGUGGACCUACGAGGAUAUAGGCCGGUGGAAGCACGAAGAACCACUUGAGCUUGAAUCGGAAUCAGAGACGGACACAGAAGUAGAAUGCUCACUUCCACGUUUCUAUAUCUUCUCGCCCAGACGCCCAAAGAGCGACGAAGAGAAGAGACGGAUUGCAGAGCGAUUAGUUGUACGGGAGCGUGAACGCGAGGCUUCUCGUCCAUAUCAUCAGUUUGUCUACCAAGUGUCGAAAGAGCGGGAACGUAUCAAGGAGAAAUCCGCUGAUGGGGAAAGUGUUAAUGCUGACGACAUUAACACAAAGGCCUACAAGAUUGUCAAGAAUAUCUGGAACAACCAAGGGAUGUGGAAAACAAGUUGGGGUAUGCUACCUGGAAUGUCGUGGAAGCAUGAACAACCUUUGGAGGAGAUGGUUCGGGAAGAGAUGGUCGAUGAUCCUGUUCCAGCGAACCCAGUUGUGAACGCCAGCCAUGAUGCACCUCCUAUCCGACUCUUUGGGUCUUCUCCUAUCCAACUCUUUGGGCGUUCUUCUCCCGUUCAAGUGCCUGUUGCCUUGAAUUCUUCUCAACAAGGACCACCAACAGACGUUGCUUCAGACGAAUCAGAGAAUGCCGACGUCGAAUGUUCUCCCUCAUCGCCGGAUUCAUAUCCACCCAGUCUAGGUAAACGGGGUUUUCGUACUAGUACGGGGCAGGCACAGCUGUCAGAGAAGAGAAAAGGCUCUCAAAAAGAUGGGCAACCGGCAAACGCAUCUCUUGGCCCAUUCCAUCCAUCAAAAGUCACAAAAGCGUCUGCAAAACCUCAGGGCGUAGUGAAAAAACGAGAUGCGAAGAUCUCACGGGGGAAGGGAAGGAAAAAUUGA